GCCAGAUCUCCAGUGUUGUGGUCAGGGUUCGGCUGCUCUCGCCUGACUCCUCCCCCGAGUUCGACGCGCUCGUCUCUCGGCUCUGCUCGGGCUUGUCAGUGCGGGCGAGAGCGCUGCUAAACAUGGCGUCGGACGGGAUGAUUUUAACCAACCACGACCACCAAAUCCGAGUUGGAAUAUUGACAGUGAGUGACAGCUGCUUCAGAAACCUUGCUGAGGACCGCAGUGGAAUCAACCUCAAAGAUCUUGUCCAUGACCCGUCCUUGCUCGGAGGCAUAAUCUCUGCAUACAAAAUAGUCCCUGAUGAGAUUGACGAGAUCAAGGAGACGCUGGUGGACUGGUGCGACGAGAAGGAGCUCAACUUGAUCCUGACCACCGGUGGAACUGGUUUUGCACCCCGUGAUGUCACGCCUGAGGCCACCAGAGAGGUGAUCGAGCGUGAAGCUCCGGGGAUGGCCGUAGCAAUGCUCAUAGGCUCCCUAGAUGUCACGCCACUCGGCAUGCUGUCCAGACCUGUAUGUGGAAUCAGAGGCAAAACCCUCAUCAUUAAUUUACCCGGGAGCAAGAAGGGCUCACAGGAGUGUUUCCAGUUCAUCCUGCCUGCUCUGCCGCACGCCAUAGACCUGCUGCGGGACGCCAUAGUGAAGGUGAAGGAGGUACACGACGCUCUAGAGGACCUGCCAUCCCCUCCACCGCCCCUCUCCCCUCCACCCACCACCAGCCCACACAAGCAGACAGAAGACAAGGGUGUGCAGUGUGAGGAAGAGGACGAGGAGAAGAAGGACAGUGGUGUGGCAUCAACAGAGGACAGCGGCUCCUCUCACAUCACAGCAGCUGCUAUUGCUGCUAAGAGCAUGAUGUCUCAUCCCAGCCAUGCCGUUGUCAUUGCCAAAGGUGGGCAGCCCUUGAGUGGCUUCAUCCCGUCCACCUCCAUUCCCUCCCAUUUCACCUGCUCCUGCAGCGAUACGAUACCAGAAUCCAUCAUUUCACGAGGCGUGCAGGUGUUGCCGCGGGACACCGCCUCUCUCAGCUCCACGCCCUCGGAGUCUCCUUGUGCUCAGCAGUCCCGCCUCUCCACUGCCUCCUGCCCCACCCCUAAAGCCCGGCUCACCUCCUGUUCAUCCACUUGUAGUGUCACAGAGGCCUCACGGAGAGAGUUCAGGGCUCACCUGGAUGAGGUCAUCACGCUCAAGUCAAGGUACUCUACCUUGGACCAGCUCCACUCUAGGCUGGAGGGGCUCAAAGAUGAUCGCAGGAACCAUAGGACCUUCGACUCGCGAGUGCAGUCACGAUGCAGCAGCAAAGAGAACAUCCUGAGAGCAAGUCACAGUGCAGUGGACAUCACCAAGGUAGCUCGGAGACACCGCAUGUCCCCGUUUCCCCUCACUUCUAUGGACAAGGCCUUCAUCACUGUGCUGGAGAUGACUCCUGUCCUGGGUACUGAAAUCAUCAACUACAGAGAUGGAAUGGGUCGCGUUCUGGCUCAGGAUGUCUACGCCAAAGACAACCUACCACCUUUCCCUGCAUCAGUUAAAGAUGGCUAUGCUGUUCGAGCUGCUGAUGGCCCUGGUGACCGCUUCAUCAUUGGAGAGUCUCAGGCUGGGGAGCAGCCCACUCUCACAGUUAUGCCAGGCCAAGUGAUGAGGGUGACGACAGGUGCUCCUAUCCCGUGUGGUGCAGACGCUGUAGUGCAAGUAGAAGACACAGAACUGCUACGAGAGUCUGAAGACGGUACAGAGGAGCUGGAGGUGAGGAUCCUGGUUCAGGCUCGUCCAGGACAGGAUAUCAGGCCUAUAGGACAUGAUAUCAAGCGUGGAGAGUGUGUGCUGGCUAAGGGCACUCACAUGGGUCCAUCUGAGAUCGGCCUCCUGGCCACUGUAGGAGUCACAGAGGUGGAGGUGCAGAAAUUCCCAGUUGUAGCAGUCAUGUCCACCGGCAAUGAGUUAUUAAACCCUGAAGAUGACCUUCACCCAGGCAAGAUCAGGGACAGUAACCGAUCCACACUGUUGGCCACCAUUCAGGAACACGGCUAUCCCACCAUCAACCUCGGCAUCGUGGGAGACAACCCAGACGACCUGCUGAACGCCCUGAACGAGGGCAUUAGUCGUGCUGACGUCAUCAUCACCUCAGGGGGCGUGUCCAUGGGUGAGAAGGACUACCUAAAGCAAGUCCUGGAUAUAGACCUCCAUGCCCAGAUCCACUUUGGCCGAGUGUUUAUGAAGCCGGGUUUGCCUACUACGUUUGCCACCUUAGACAUUGACGGUGCCAGAAAGCUGAUCUUCGCCCUUCCAGGUAAUUUCACCUACAGAGACACAGGGGCGACUCUUCUGGAGGCUGUGCCCCUGAGUGACAGCGAGGCCAGCAGACUGCCUGUGCCUCCUCCCCCACAAGGAAGUAAUCCAGUGUCAGCUGUUGUAACCUGUAACCUCUUUGUCAUCCCUGCAUUAAGAAAGAUGCAAGGGAUCCUGGACCCACGGCCCACCAUCAUCAAAGCCAGGCUGUCCUGUGAUGUAAAGUUGGAUCCACGUCCAGAAUAUCAUCGCUGUAUACUGACAUGGCACCACCAGGAACCACUUCCCUGGGCACAAAGCACAGGAAACCAAAUGAGUAGUCGGCUAAUGAGCAUGCGCAGUGCCAACGGCCUUCUGAUGUUGCCUCCGAAAACAGAGCAAUACGUGGAGUUGCACAAGGGUGAAGUCGUGGACGUCAUUGGUCAUAGGACGGCGAUGAUGUCAUCUUAUGGGGACAGACCAAGUACAGAGCAAGAAAGUGGUGCAUGUCCACAUAUCAUUACUAUUCUGUAAUAUGCAACGGCACAGCUAGUUUUUAUUGAUUUGGGAGAAGUUGAUCCAGUAUAAUCAACAUUUCGAACAAAGACGAAAAUGUGAAAUUUAUGAAAAUACGACUUCGAAGACAUCAUAAUAUUUCAAAGACAGAAAAUAUUAUACCUUUUAAAGUGAGAAUAUAUAUAUAUAUAUAUAAAUGAAAUAUAAGAGAUUUAUUCUGUAAUAUAUUGUUAUAAUUAUUAUGAUUAUUAAUAUAAUUAUGAAUAUAUUAUCAUAUUAAGCAAUUCUGUUCUCUUUCAUUGCGAUUGCUUUGUGUGUUCAAUGCUAGAACUUAUAGAUAGCCGUAGCAUUUUAAUAGACAGCUGUUGGCGCCUGUCACUCAUACAUCAGAAAGCUUAUUUUCUCAUCGGUAGAAAAUGUGUCGCUGAGGAAUGAAAAGUUCUUCAAGAUGACAGCAGGAGCUGGAGCUUUUCAUCUCUCCUCAAAGUGCACCAAGGUGACUCAGCUAUCUUUCCCUUUAGUAUUAUAUGCUCCAUAAAGACUUCAUUAUGCUUCAUAAAGGGUUUACAAAACCGCUUUGCUUGUCGUUUAUCUUGUGAGUCGUGUUUAUGUGCGCAGUGCCAAAAGCCAGGGCUGUGGGGGAAGUUCUCUUGGCCAUGACGCUGAAAAGCAGCGUAUGCCGCCGGGUAGCACAGACUUUGUGUGGAAACAGUGACCGGUGGUGGUGUGUGUAAAAUCUGUGCUACUUCAGCGGGCCCAGAGGCAUGUCCUGUGCUACAGGCUACCUCAGUCUGGAACAUACUUCACAGUAAACUGGCCCUCAUAGCUCUGCCCUUAUUACUCUCUAUUUUACCCACUCCCCUUACAUUUAAACUCGCUCGGCCCAUUCCUAGAGGCUGAGCUCCCUGGAAACCUUUAUUUGUUUAACUUCGAUGAUGAAGACAGCUUAUUUAAGUGCUGACAGCCUUUUUAAACGAAUUACAUAAAAUGUACAGUCAAAAAAACGCAAGAGUGAUAUUGUACAGACAAGUGACCAGCACUCCUGAGGAAUAUACUAUGGAAUUGAAAUGAUAUUGAAUAACUCUGUACUAUAAUAUCAUUUUCUGUAAUACUGAUCUAAUGCGAGAAUUAAAAUUCUUGAUCGUUAUGUAAAGACGUGGUUCAGUUUCAUUUUUUUUAAAUAAACACUGAAAGAUGAUUGA